GUGCUCCACAAGUGCAGACUGCAUGAACGGGGCCACAUGUCAAAGAGAGGCCUGUGUUUGCGCACCAGGGUACACAGGAGGAAAGUGUGAGUCCGCCACACCGCCUGCGGUGGUUUCCGGUGAUGUGUGUUCCACUGCGCAUCCUUGCGCCAACGGGGGCACCUGCAACACCAUAGUGGCUGGGGGAGCGUGCUCUUGUCCAGCUGGAUAUGAAGGGAAGAGAUGUCAAGCAGCCUGCAACACCAACGCUGACUGUAACAACAAAGGCACGUGCGAAGCCCGGGGCUGCAAAUGUAUGGCGGGAUACACGGGGGGAAAGUGUGAGAGUGUUUUGUCCGCAGCAGAUCACGUGAUCACCUUUCCAGCGACGGUACUGAUGUGUGUCGUUGUGCAGCUUACCAUGAAGGCGUAGAGACCUACAAUCAGCCUACAAUCAGCCUACAUAUCAGGCCAACAAUCAGCCUACAUAUCAGACCAACAAUCAGCCUGCAUAUCAGACCAACAACCAGCCUACAUAUCAGACCAACAACCAGCCUACAAUCAGCCUACAUAUCAGACCAACAAUCAGCCUACAUAUCAGACCAACAAUCAGCCUACAUAUCAGACCAACAAUCAGCCUACAUAUCAGACCAACAAUCAGCCUACAUAUCAGUCCAACAAUCAGCCUUCAUAUCAGCCUACAUAUCAGACCAACAAUCAAAAUACAUAUUUACCCAUUUUAAAAAGCUUUUCGUUUAAUUUCACCUUGUUCCUUAAAGGGUCAUAUGAACCAUUCGUGAAGGUAUAAUUCAUCACAUAUGAAACCAUUUCUUCAGACUUUGAUCAAGUUUCACUGUUUCUUUAAUCCCAAGAUGGAAACAAGAACACACAGGUAAAAAUGAAGUAAAACAAUAACGAGGCUAUUGUCUGAAGUUUGGCAUAUAUAUAGAAAUAUCAGCUACCAACGAGUUGUUUCUGCAUUGAGCAUAAAGCAUACAGAACAUAAUUUAUCAUAAUAACCCUUUAUUUACGAAUUUUAUGUGAACUUGCUAUCAUUCAUCGUUCAAAAUAUAUAUUUCAAAUACAUCUGAGGCUAGGUGACUCAGAUCAGAUUGUCCAGCAAUAAGAACACAUGGCUCUUCUCAUCAUCCGCUUGAAUCUGUCCAUCAUGAGUUUGGUCAAUAAAUUUGCGUCAUGUCAAUUAACCAAUUAAGGUAUGUAUACUACAUGCAUCCACUGUAAUUGGCAUUACAACCAGGGAACAAUGACGUUUGUUCUAAAAGCCAUUGGCAGAUGACAUUAUAUCCAGUUUGGCAUUAGAACCACGGCAUCACAAGGACAGGAAAUCCUGUUUGUCAGUAAAACCCUCUCAUGGCUUGAUAUGUUUGUCAGUAAAACCCUCUCAUGGCUUGGUAUGUUUGUCAGUAAAACCCUCUCAUGACUUGGUAUGUUUCUCAGUAAAACCCUCUCAUGGCUUGGUAUGUUUGUCAGCAAAACCCUCUCAUGGCUUGGUAUGUUUGUCAGUAAAACCCUCUCAUGGCUUGGUAUGUUUGUCAGAAAAACCCUCUCAUGGCUUGGUAUGUUUGUCAGUAAAACCCUCUCAUGACUUGAUAUGUUUGUCAGUAAAACCCUCUCAUGACUUAGUGUGUUUGUCAGUAAAACCCUCUCAUGACUUGGUAUGUUUGUCACAUGUCGAACGUCACGAGCACGAACAUACGGGCGUUUAUCUGCAAGGCGUAUGGUUCAAAAUACAUGCAUUGUCUGCAUAUCUUACAAGCAUGCACAGAGUAAAGAUAUGUAUUCACAAUUUUAAGAGAUGCCUUCACAAUGUAAAGACAUGCAUUCAAAAUGAAAACAUGUGCAUUCACAAUGUAAAGAUAAGCAUUUACAAUAUUAUGAUAUGCAUUCACAAUGUAAAGAUAUGCAUUCACAAAGUAUUUAGCAUAUGCAUUCACAAAGUAAAGACAUACAUUCACAAAGUAAAGAUAUGCAUUCACAAUCUCAUGAUAUGCAUUCACAAUCUCAAUAUCUGGAAUGUGUCUUGAAAGCACAACUUCGCACUUUGUCUGCUUCAUCUCACACUGACCUGCAGAAAGGGCUAGAUGAGAUGUUACCUACAGUUAUACUUCAUGUUCAUUCAUAGUUUUUCGUCUAUACAAAGUUUCAGAAAUCAAUAUUGUCACAAUAUGCACAUGUGUAAUCUUUUGUUAACCCACCAAUCUAUCAAUGUCAUGCUUGUACUCAAAUCUUCUUUCCAAUAAAAGAUUUAAAUUA